AUGCCUCGCGCAGCUACGCCGUCUCAAGCCCCGGCCCAGGCGGGGACACACCACCUGCAAGCCUUGAUCUCGUCCACGACCUAUCCCAAGCCAUUCAGCUUCGAACAGCUCGAGUUCCUCCGACAUGAAAUCCAUAUCAGGCGGUCGGGGUCACACGCGAGGCUGGUGGAGCUAGAUCCGAGCGAGGAGGAGCGGAUGAAGCGGGAGAAGAAGGAGCGAAAACGGAGGGAGAAGGAUAGAGCGGCUGAGGCUGAGGCGGCGGCAUUGGCGGAAAGGAGGGCGGCGGAGAGUGGUGUCAAGGUGAAGCGGGAGCGAACGUCAUUAUCCCCAGCGGCUUCUGUUGCUUCGACGAGCGCCAUGCCUGUCAUGCACGCUUCGCAAUACAAGAAGAAGAAGAAACGGGUGGUAGAUAGCGAUGAUGAAGGCCAAGCUCGAGACCGUUCGAUGACAGUCGCCUCACCGCCCGGGCCAAGCCACCACAUGACAACCUCGGGCCUCAAGGUCAAGCUUCCGGGCAAUACCAAGGGCCGUCCCUCCCUCCCCUCCGUUGAGAUACCCUACACACCACCAAUAAUAGCCGGUCCAUCAGGCUAUGGUAAUCAUAUCGACUUUUCCUUACCUACACCUUCGAAUAGACCGCUCAUACCCCCUCGUCCUGGCGUGCAGAAACCGCUUCCUCCCGGCCCAAAGAAACAGGCAGAUGUGAACGAAGACUUUAGCAAUGUCAAGGCCCCCACCCAGGUCAACUUUCCAACCUUUUGGGCAGGAGUGGAGCCUUAUGUACGGGAGAUCAGGGAGGACGACUUGGCCAUGUUGGGGUUCAAGGCGGAAGCUCCUGAGCUGUACGAUGUUCCGCCUCGUGGGAGACAUUACACGGAAGUAUGGGACGAAGAGGACGGGAAUCCCAUCGGCACGACACAUCGGAUCUCGGUACCCAACCUCCGCCAACUCAACGGGACUUAUCCUCCUUCCACGCUCGUCCCGUCCUGGAUCCCGGCGCAGGAUCUCAAGGAGGAGUACUCGGUGGAAGAACUGAGAGGGCUGGGUAACAUCACCGAGAGGGUCGUGGCGGCGGUAGUCGCGCUCGAAACGGAUCCAGCGAGUCAUGGGCGCAUGGCGACGGAUUUUGAUGGGAAGGAGGCGGUCAAGGUGGAUGUCAAGGAGCUGGAGGAGCGGGUUAAGAAGGAGCUGAGGGCGGUGAUGCUUCUUGGGGAGCACGAAGAGUUUGAGGCUGGAAAGCGCGACGACGACGAGAUCACCGCUUCCCUCCGGACAUGCCAACGCCUCCUCCUGGCUCAGACCGCCAUCAACGACGCACGCAAACUCCGUCUCGCCGAGAAAGCCAAGCACCGCCUCGCUUACGCUGAAUAUCAAAAUGCCCUCGACGGUGUCGAAAGCAACAUCGAAGAGCACUGGGCCAAGCGGACCAAGAAGCACGGACAUGCGAGCAAGAAGCCCGCACCUGUACCCACCAAAGACAGUCGGCCGCCCGUACCGGAAGUCUUGAAGAAGCUAGUGCAAGUGCGGAAGAAAUGGGUGGAGAGUGUGGGGGACAAGAUGAAGGGCAUGCCGAGGGGUGUGAUGGUGGGUCUGCCUGAGGAGAGUGCGUAUCUGGGCAUAGCGGAGGCGAUGGAUGAGGAUGAGGCGCGGGUCGAGGGAGUCGUCGAUGAUGGGCAUGAUGACGAGUGA